CACUCGCUCUCACUUGCUCUCCCACUCUCACCCUUUCAAGUGAGCUUGUCUUCCAAGAAUCAAGGUACCGUGUUGCUGCCUGUCGUCUGCCUUUUCUCUGCCUUUAGCCCCCCCCUGUCCUCGUUUCCCAUGUUCCUUCUCCCCCUGUCCCUCCUGCCACGUUCUCCCCCACGCUGGCCUUGCCGGGCAAAGGGCUGCAAACGGAACCCUCUGCUGCAAAACAUCUGAGUAAUCCAACGCAGUUAAACAGGGCAGCAUUUUUACAUUUGCGAAGUAACGGUUUCCCCAACUGUCUAAUUAACAGAUCAAAAGGGUUAAAACAGGAGAGCAUUGCUUCCUCGUAAGCUUGUGAUCUUGCCACAAGCCUUGUGAUAUUUGUGAAUUUAUUUCUUAGAAUUGCCUCAUUUUGCAGCAGUUUCAAAAUUAGUAGUAAAAUUCUUAUGUUUGUCCAAUUUUGGCAAGCUGUUGCCAAAUUUAACAUCCCCCACCUGCCAUUGGGGAAAUUUCUUAAAAUGUGCUUCAAAUGCACAUCAAGCUUUCUAAUCCCGUUGCCAUUUGACGGAAUUCUCCAGACAAUAUAUACUAUGUGCUCUUGGAAAGGAGGGUACUAAACAUAUAACCUACUGGAUGGUGGUGGAAUAUGUUGGUUGGCCAUUGAAUUACAGCAUCAUUGGUUCCAUUUUCCAGCAUCACUGUGAACCAACCAAACUACACUGGUAUCUGUGACACAUCAGAGGACUUCGCAGUGCGUGCCUAGCCUUUGUGUGAUCGAUGGAUGGCGUUGAUGUUAUCUGCCAUACCCGAGCACCUGUUUUCUGUUACAACUGAGUUUACUCUUAAAUAUGUAAUUCAAAAGCAUGCUGGUAACCGCUUCCUCGUUGCCUCUUUCGGCUGUGUUGGAGGCUCUCGGCACAGUGCUGGCUCACAGAGCAUACUUCGUAGGGGUUGGGGCACGGUUUUUCUUUUCCUCCGUGAGGUUGUCUCAGACGUACCCGCCGACACCAAGAGGAAGGUGCUUUCAGUCGGACCCCAACUCUCGUCUCUCACCGUCUCGAAUGAACCUACUUGGCCCCCUGUUGGCCCCCAUUUCAUGUAAAGUCUUGACCGUUUGUCUGGAUUUUGACUGUGGGGGGGGGUUAAAGGAGUGUAAUAUAUAUUUUAGAGAGAGGUGGAGGAGGGUGGACACAGCUGUAGCAAGUGGCUCAAUUUUUUUUCACCGGUCCUUCAGUGAUGUUCCCCUGAGGUCAGAGCACCGUGGGCCAUUAUGUGGAGACAACACGCAGGCCUUGCUCCUCUCCGAUGCAUGUUCCCAGCCAGCUCAGCAACUGGUAUAAAACCAAAUCAAAGAGUGCAGAUGGAGAGUCAGACUCCCACCUGCACAUAUCUCUGAGUGUUCAGGACGCCUCAGGUUGUUUUGUUGGUGUUUUGUGUUUUGGAAGGUGUUCAGCUAUUUAUAGUCCUCCAGUGUUGAGCGUUUGUUGUGUUUGGGAGGGAGUGACACUGUGUGUACGGGGCCAAGCUGUGGCUGUGUGUGUGUGCGCAUGUGUGUGAGUGUGUGUGUGUACCUAUGUCAUGGUUAUUGAAAACCCAAUUGUUGUGGCUUUUUAUUUGCCAAAAUACAUCUGUUGCCAUUACGUACGUAACCGUUUCCGUCCUUGUCUAUGGCUGCAUUAACAGCAGGUUUAAAUCUCUGAUUUUAGCUUUUGACAGGGUAAUCAGUGUGCCGUUCUGUUUGCCUUUCAAUUUCUCCUUCUGAAAGGAUUUAUUUAUUGAUAGUAAAAGUUUCAAUUCUGGCAAAUCUUAAUUUUUAUUUGGGGGAAUUUUUUUUUAAAGUUUUAUAAGGUGUAGAAUGUUGCCUGUCAAAUUCCCCCCCCCCCCCUUGUAUCCUUCUGCUUUUCAGAGUAUCUAAAACAAAACCUUUUAAAUUUUAGGUUAUAAGAACGCAGUGUGUGUAUGUGAGCGUGAGAGAGAUGUUUUCCGAAGAAGCAAAAGAGAGUUUUGGCUCAUUUCUUAACCUCAUGCUAUUAUACAAUUUUUUUUUUCCUCGAUGUAAGUUUACUUUGAGUAAUUUUAUAAUUCAUACAGACACGCUGGUUUAGGGCUGCUGUCAUGGACCCUUGUUCAUCUCGAGCCAAACCCAAGGCCUACCUGAGAGGUGAGCCUUACUGGACUCUGAAACUUUCUUUUUUUCUGGUGUUGGUGGAAAACUGAACAAAUUUACGGCUAAGGCGGCCCAAGUAUGACUCAGUCGCCUGAAAAGUCCGGGUGUCUGCAUUGGCAUUGAUUUUUUAUUUUUUUUGUCCGCUGCUGAAACAAGCUGCUGAAACAAGCUGCUGAAAUGACGUCGGGAGACGGCGGAGGCCUCUGCCCUUUACCUGAAAUGGCGGUUCGGUUGGGUGUAUUAGUGCAUCACCGGUGAAGAACGCGCAGGCUUCACGCCUAACAUGCUCAGCCACUGGUCACUAGAACCAGGAAGCAGAGGAAACAGACAAACAACCUCCAUUCAGGUUUACGCUUUGUUUACAUCCACUUUCCAUUUAAGAUUAAUCGAUAUAUAUGUUUAAAAAAAUACGAUUUAUCCUUUAGACAUGUUCCAGUUUCACAGAGAUUUAUUUUCCUACAUUCUGUGUACACACAUUUGCUAGAUUUGUGUGUGUUGCUGGGAAGACUGUCAGGACGGGCAAUGGAAAAAGCUCAGCGAAUGGCGAGGCUUCCGUUAGGUAGUGAUGAACUUUCUUCGUAAAUUCAGUUCUAAGUUUCGGUGGCAGAGGUGAGAACAACAACUCAGCCAGGGGCGGGAAAGGCGGAGCGGAGAUGGAAAAAGAUGGAGAAACGUAGCUCGUACGUCAGCCUUGGGGGCCCUGCUCGGUGCGCGGCCGCUGCCUCAGCGGCGGCUGUGGCGAUAUGCCGCUGUGCUCGGCCUGCGUGGUGCGGACUCAGCUUGGAGUGAGAGACUCGGAAACCAUAUUGACAAAGUAGAGAAGCUCGAGUCAACUUUAGAAAGAGGAGUGGGUGGUGCGGAUCCGUUCUGAGCGAGAGAGAGACCAGCAAAUAGGUAGAAGACGCCAGUGAUAUACAAAACAGUCGCAGAUGCAGAAAUGCCUUGGGCAUUUGUUGUGAUUUAUAUUUUCAUGUAUCUUAAAGUUACAUUAAGACUGUGCAGCAAAUUAGAAAUUCUGAGAUUUUUUUUUCUCUUCUGAAAAUGCAUUAUAAUUCCUCUCUUUCUGUUCAGGAGUUCACAAAUCAUAAGUUUUCCAACUAGAACAAGGCUGGGCGUAUCCUGAAGGGGGUGUCAGUCCAUGUCAGGCCACACACACAGACACCAUGAACAUUUUAGAGACUAAUUCCCCCAGCACACAUUUUCUUGAUUGGGCUGUAAUGUAUAUUAGCCUAUUGUUGUAUGUAAUUGUACAGAAGAUCCCAGGCAUUAUAUAUCGCUCUCUGAAAAAAUGUGUUUUUUUUAUUUUGGCAAUAACCAAAGAAAAUCUCUUUGCCAGUGCGUGGAGGAGAGUUUAAGGAAAGGUGAUUCACAGUGAUUCUGUGAUUUAGCUUAAUUGACACGUGUACAGGCUGGUCAUACAGACGUGUCGGCUUGUGGUUGGGUGAACCGGCCUCGAAGCAUGUGUCCAACUAUUAUGAAAUAUGACUUGCAAUGACUGUGUUAGUGUGAAAAUAAGUGUUGGUGUUAAUAUGCUUUAGUAAGGUUAGUACACUAAAAAUUUGGUCCAGUGAUUGUCUGACUCUGCUUUCUUGAAAACAUUGCUUCAGAUACUUCUAUCUUCUAAAGAAAUGUAAUGUAAAUGUGGAAGUGCUGGUAGUGAGAGUUGUGGACCUGUAUAAUCAGACUUGCGGGAGGAAGUCUGAUGCACACACGACCUCCGAAUCAAGUGUUUUCCUGGAGAGCCUCAUUUUGAAUAUCAGACUACUUGAGCAUUUGCAGUGUUGCAUCCCCUAGCAAGGCGAACUCGCGCUGAAUGUGGAGCGCCUUAUCUUUGCGAACUAAGGGGGAACGUAAACAAUAGUUAUGUCAGCUUCUUGUUCUGUGGUUGGCUGACACUGUGGGGUGCUUAUUUCUGCUUGAUAAGAGGUAUCAAAGGGUGCAAAUCAGUAUCUGAGCUGUGUCACGCACUUUAAUUUGAGGUGUGUAUUUGUGCUUGUGUCCCUGAUGUUGUUGGUGAUGUCUGCCCCCAUUAUCUAGCUACGAAAAGUCAGCCAUCGACAUUUGGUGACUAAGAGAGACUGAGAAAAGAGAAGGACUAAAGAGGUUUAGGAGUGAAAAGGAUGAGGAAAGCGAGAGUCAAGCUUAUAGAAUGAGUAGGUGUUUACUGACAAACCAAAGAUCAACCUGUACAUUUUUAAAUCUAUUAUUCUCAGUCUCACAUAAACACACUAAUCAUAAAUUUUAUAGUUAUGCAUUGAUUCUUAAAGAAAAUGAUGCUCUUUAAGCCGUGUAUGCCUAUAUUAUCAGAAAAACAGCCUGAUUUUGCCUAAAAAGUGAGCUUCCCUCGCUUUUCUACACUCACUAAUAUAUAGUGUUAAUCUUCUUGCCUGUUUGCCUGCAGUUUGAGGUUUAUUACGUGUGCAUGGUCAUGUUAGAGAUCUAGCUGCUCCUCCAUAACCUACCAGCAGAGAAACUCAAAUCGCUGAAGUCAGAGGUUUUUGUCUCUGUGCCGGAAGCGAACCGGCCGCCCCCUCUUCCUAUCCCUCCAUCUCGGUUUGUCUUUCUCUCGCUAAUUCACCUGAAUGCUUAUCGAACAGCCUUUUUGGCGAAGGAACCCAGACAGCAUAAAACCCAGCAAUAUGACCCCAGUGACUAUGGGCCAAUUUUAUGUGAUUGUGUUAAUUGUUGGUUUAGGUUAAUUGCUAAUUAAUCAAGAAAAACAAAUAUUUUUUACUCUACUUUCAAUUUUAUAUAUCAAGUGACACAUCCGUAAAUAUUUUCCAGUUUUUAGAAGUCAAGCUAAAUUAGCAGGGAAAAAAUCUUAUUCAUAUAUUCUUUAUUUCUCUGAAUACUUGUUAGAUCCAGUCCUACAUGGGAGUAAAAUUUAUGGUUUUAAAACUCUGGUAAUAUUACCAAAAUAAUUCCUCUUCUAAAAGGACACCGCUCACUUCUAGCAUGAUUCCUAGGUCAGUCGCUAAGUUCACCUUUUCAGGACUGAAAAUUAUAACUGCCUUGGUAUGACAAAACAGGUUUCAGUCUUUAUAUUAAUUCCAAGGUAGUCGGUAAAUCCACAAUACAUUGUUUUCCAUUAUCUUGCUUGCUGGUUCUGUUUCAGAUUGGCAAAAUGUCACCAAAAUUGUCACCAGGAAGUGUGACACGUGCACACUCAAGCAUGCAUUAAGAAAAAACAAAAGCAAUUGGCGCCUCAAAUGCUUUUCCCAUUUUCUGUUCUUGGUGUUACGAUGUAACUCGUGACCUUUUACACGGAGCUUUCUUUAGCUGUUUAGUUUUUCCAGUGUGUUCUUUGUUCUGUUGCGAGCAUUUGUCCAAGACUCCUUAACUUUUUCACUUUCUCCCCAUGACCCGAGCGUUCUGAUUCAUAGGUGAUGGACAGAAUCUUCAAAAAGCCAUUGACUACCCUGCUUCUGGAUGCUAAUAUAGUUUCUGUUAUCAUUCUUCAUGUGUGUAAUUAGCGGCAUCAUUAUGUGGCUUGUUUGAUUUCAUGGAGCUGGUUUCACUCCAGUACUGCUGCCAAGACCUUUGUUGACCAUUAUGAGCUUCCUGUGUCACCUUGGUGGUUCUGGUCGUUGGCGAGAACCCUGUCCAUAGAUGUUGCGCUGGUUCAAGGAAUAAUUUUGCUUGGUAAAGAAUGGGCAGGUUAAAUGGUUCUCUGUCCGCUUUGGUUGAGUUAGUCGGUUGAGCGUCAGAGAAGUAAGGCCUUGCUCUCUGGAGGGCUGGCUGCCUCUCUGGACGAAGCUAAGUGAUGGGACUUUUUUUUUAUUAUUAUUAUUUUUUAGCAUGACCUCCGAGAAACAAAAUAACGUUUUUGUGGAACAGCAUUGGUGAUGACGGAACAACAGGACAACGGAACGACGGAAUGGACCGACGCACAUUUGGGGAGGGGGGCAUGUGGGCGAACGGGGGGAGGGGUCUCUCUCUUGCACUCUUUCUGCCGCCGAGCACCCUCUUUUCAUAAAACAGGAAGAGACUGAGCGAGCGAGCGAGAGAACGAGGUAGCGAUCCCCAAGGAUGAGUGUGGUACCCCACUUUCGAAGACGGCAGUAGAGAGGUGACUAAACCCCCGAAAACACCAAAGUUACUGAAAGUAGUUAAACACGAAGAGUUGGGCGAAGAGAGAGCCUAACGGAGUGGAAGAGAACGACGGAGCGAAAAAAGCACGCCAAGACGGAUGCUAUGACCCAGGCUGUGCUUUUUCCCACCUCGCCUCACUCUGUGCUGAGAACCGGCAAGCAGGUGGCAAUGUCUCCAGGAGAGGACGGCUUAAUCGGGAUCCCCUUCCCGGAGCACAGCAGUGAGCUCCUGUCCUGCCUGAAUGAGCAACGGAGGGCGGGGCUGCUGUGUGACCUCACCUUGACUUCUCGAGGUGCCCGCUACUCCACGCACCGCUCCGUCAUGGCCGCUGUCAGUCUGUACUUCCGCAAUCUCUUUGGCGCAGAGGAGGGGGAACCUGGGGAUGUUGGCUCAGUGGGGAGCGGCUGCAGUGUCUGCCAGCUGGACUGUGUGGCCCCCGAUGCCUUGGACGCGCUUCUGGAGUUUGCCUACACAGCUACGCUGACCAUCCGCAGCUCAGGGAUGCGGGACGUGCUGAAGGCCGCACAGCUGCUGGGCAUCCAGUGUGUAGCCGACGCCUGCAGGGACAUCCUGGGCGAGACCAAGGGGGAAGGGGAUGAGGAGGAGGAAGAGGAGGAGCAGGAGCGAGGGAUCGUGGUGGGGGAGCGCACUGAGGAUAUCGUGCAAAGUUCCCGGCGCAAGCGAGACAAGCAGCACAUCCUGAAAUCCAGGUUGUCUCACCUGCAGCCCCGGCGCGACUCCCCCAGUAGCUCGCCCACAGCAGAACUCCCCCGGGCCCCCACCAGCCCCGGCUAUGAUGAGUACUCACCCCCAGGGGGGCAGAAUGGAGGAGGGCAGCACGCUGGCUGGGAACCCGGGGUCAUAAACGGGAGUAAGCACUGGACCCCGGGGGACACCCCCUUAUUGGUGCAAGCUGAGACCGGCCUUUCGGAAGAGGAAGACAAGAUGGGCCCGCCUCCGCUGCCGGAGCGAGGGGGCGUUGCUGGGGGGGGCAGGAAGAGGAAGUCGCAGACUCCACAGCAGUGCCCAGUCUGUCAGAAAAUCAUCCAUGGUGCAGGGAAACUGCCCCGACAUAUGAGGACCCACACAGGGGAGAAGCCCUUCCAGUGUUCUGCCUGCGGGGUGCGCUUCACUCGGAAUGACAAGCUGAAGAUCCACAUGCGUAAGCACACGGGCGAACGCCCCUACCCCUGCCCGCACUGCCCUGCUCGCUUCCUGCACUCCUACGACCUGAAGAACCACCUGUCGCUGCAUAGCGGCGCCCGGCCCUUCGAGUGCCCACUCUGCCACAAGGCCUUCGUGCGCGAAGAUCAUCUGCAGCGCCACCGUAAGGGCCACAGCUGCCUGGAGGUGCGCACGCGCCGGCCGCGCCGCGGGGCGGGCAGUGUUGGGGAGGCCGUCAUGGCCUCCUCGCUCCUGGAUUCCAUCCCCCUGUCGCAUGCCUCCGCCUUCUCCCGCUCGCCCCCGCCAACGUUGGGCCGGUCCCCGUUCCUCCCUGACGUAGAUGGCCCCCCCAUCCCGCUCCACGCCAUGCCGCUACUUGGGCCCCGCGGGCCUCCAUACCCGGCCCUCCUCUUCAGAGGGGUGGAGGUGCCUGGGGGCCCCAUCGAGGAGCUGGGAGCCCCUAAUGCCACACAUGGCCCCCCAGGCCCGCAGGUGAGCUGGGGGGAGGAGGAGGAGGAGGACAAUGAGGAGGAGGAAGAUGAGGAUGAGGAGGAGUAGUGGUACAAAUGGGAGUGCGUGUGCCUGUAGGUCUGUGUGUGGUUUGUGCUGCGUUCGUGUGGCUGCGGGAGGAGCGAUCGGGCCCUGAGAUUCCCUGCGUGGUUUCAGAGGGCCCGCCCACUCCAUAUUCUGGGGCACUUACUGAAACUUUGUGGGGGGGGGACAAGAAAACUAAAGAUCGGGGGUUGGGUUCCUGAUUGUUUCUUUAUUUCUCUGUAAUUUUAUUUUUGAGUUGUUUUAUUUUCUCAUGUAAUUAUUCAGAUUUUUGUUGUACUGU